AGGAAAGGAACAUGGCGUUGAACUGUUUACAUUUGAGUCUACAAUUUCCUUAUUUGUGACAUUUUAAUGAAUUUGUUAAUAUAUUUUAAAUUAGAAUUGAAAAAUAUUUAAUAGUCAAGUGUAAUAAUGGUGCGUAACUGUGCUGUAUGCAGGAAAACUGGAUAUUUACAUCCAGAACUGUCAUUUCAUUCAUUCCCAGUGAAGAAUCAACGGCUACGGGAUAUGUGGUUGUUUAUGGUCGGCUUAAAUAAAGAACAAAUAACCAAAUCUGCUACGGUCUGCUCAGAACACUUUAAAAAGCAUGACCUAAUUAUACAACCAAGUGGACGGAUUUUUUUGAGGAAAGGAGCUGUUCCAAUAAAUACUUGUCAUAAAUCACCAGAACCAAGAAUAAAGAAUUUUGGAUUUUCACUUUCUGGCUGUAAAAUUAUUGAAGUACAUGAAAUGAAGUGUAAUCAAAUGGAAGUAAAACAAGAAAUCAGCGAAAAAACUUGUAAAGUAGAAAUGAAGUACAAUGAGUUGGAUGAUGCUGUUUUGGAUGGAUUUAAAUAUGAAAUUAACGAGGAAUCCAAUAGACAAAGUACACAUGACACUUCUGAUUAUUUAGAUUUAAAAGAAUGUCCUAUAAAUACUGAAAUAAAACAAUAUGGAAAUAAACUUAUCCCACUUGAAGACAAUCUAAAAACGGAAAAAGGAAUAGGACAUGCGAGAGAAUUACGACCCACAGAAAAAGAUCAAUCAAAUCAAAUGGAAGUAAAACAAGAAAUCAGUGAAGAAACUUGUAAAGUAGAAAUAGAUUACAAUCAGUUGGAUGAUGCCCUUUUGGAUGGCUUUAAAUAUGAAUUUAAUGAGGAGUCCAAUAGCCAAAGCACACAUGACACUUCUGAUUAUUUAGACUUCAAGGAAUGUCCUAUAAAUACUGAAAUAAAACAACAUGGAAAUAAACUUAUCCCAUUUGAAGACAAUCUAAAAACUGAAAAAGGACUAGGACAUACAAGACAAUUACGACCCACAGAAAAAGAUCAAUUAAAUCAAAUGGAAGUAAAACAAGAAAUCAGCGAAGAAACUUGUAAAGUAGAAAUGAAGUACAAUGAGUUGGAUGAUGCUGUUUUGGAUGGCUUUAAAUAUGAAUUUAACGAGGAGUCCAAUAGCCAAAGCACACAUGACACUUCUGAUUAUUUAGACCCAAAGGAAUGUCCCAUAAAUACUGAAAUAAAACAUGGAAAUAAACUUAUCCCAUUUGAAGACAAUCUAAAAACUGAAAAAGGUUAUCUCCAAGAGGAAAACACAAUGGAAAUUAUGGAGACAUUAAUUGAACAUUCAUCUUAUGAAGGAAAUUAUAUGAGACAAAAUGAUGAAGCAAAAACAUUACAUCAAAAUAUGAAAAUUGUGAUUGGACAAAGAUCAUACAAGUGCAAAAUUUGUUCUAAACAGUUUAGCCAAGCAAGUCAUUUGAAAUCACAUUCGAGAGUACACACUGAAGAAAAAUCUUACAAGUGUGAGAUUUGUUUUAAAGAGUUUAGUCAAGCAAGUCAUUUGAAAACACAUUUGAGAGUUCACACUGCGGAAAAGCCUUACAAGUGUGAAAUAUGUUUUAAGCAGUUUAGUCAAGCAGGUACUUUAAAAACACAUUCUAGAAUACACACUAGAGAAACACGUUACAAGUGUGUGAUUUGUUUUAAGCAGUUUUCUCAGAAAUGUCAUAUGGAAAGUCAUUUGAUAGUGCACACUGCAAAAAAAUCAUACGAGUGUAAACUUUGUCUUAAACGAUUUAGUAAAACAAGUCAUUUGAAAACUCAUUCGAGAGUACACACUGGAGAAAAGCCUUAUAAGUGUGAAAUAUGCUUUAAGCAGUUUUCUCAGUCAAUCCAUUUAAAGCUACAUAUGAGAUUGCACACUGGAGAAAAACCUUACAAGUGUGAAAUUUGUUUUAAGCAGUGUUCUCAAUCAAGUGAUUUAAAAAGACAUUUGAAAACACACACUAGAGAAAAACCUUACCAGUGUGAGAUUUGUUUUAAGCAAUUUAGUGAAGCGAGUAGUUUGAAAACACAUUCGAGAGUACACACUGGAAAAAAAAACUCAUGAGUGAGAGAAUUGUAUUAAGCAAUUUAAUAACGAAGUGAAUAUUAAAACUAGGGAUGGUAUAGAAUAGUCUUUUUUGGUAAUAGGUUGGAACUGAACCUAUUCCAGAAACCUAAUUCGAGUUUCUGAUUCCGAUGUGAAAACACAUAUUGUUGUUGUGUUGCGUUGCAUUGAAUUCAACCGAUCGAACUAGGUGAGGGGAUUCGUGGAUUUCUCGAGGAAUUGAUUAUUGAACCUAGUCGAGUUUUUAUUGCAUUUGAGUAGAAUUUAUUUUCAUAGCUGCUGUGGCACAGUAUAAGUAUGUCAAGUCUCGCAGUGAUUUUUAUAAAUUUUGACAAUAUUAAUAGGCGUACCAGUAUUGUAUGGAUUUUUUUUUUCAAAAUGCAGAUGCAACAAAAAAAAAUUGCAAAAUUUAAUAUUUGUAAAAUAGUGAUGCUCUAUAAAACUACAGUUACUAAUUAACAUAAAAUGAUUACGGAAACAUCCUAAUUUAGAAAUGAUGGUUUACAAGUUGCAUAAGAAGUUCCAACAAAGUAGGUCGGUAUUAGACGUACUUCUGUGGUAGUGAUAGAUGAAAAUAUGGAAUUCGUUGCGGAAAAUAUGCCCUUCUUAUUAACAAAGAAGUCAAUUUAAACCUCGAUUGCAAUGGUUACUACUCAUUUUAAACAAAUUUAUUGGUUUAGAUGAAUCAAAUAAAAAUAAAAUAUUGGUAAAAAGUAUUUACCUCUUUAAAAAUGAUAAAUCAGACAAUUGAAGACCUUGGGACCAGAAGGGGACAUGCCACCAAACAAUAUUUUGGAGAAAACAUCAUUUUAAACUUAUUUUCAAAUCCUGAAAUCUAAUUUUACAUUUUUCUCGUAAGUAAGAUCCACAAUCAUAUGGAAAUAUGUUAUUAAAUACACAAUAAAAGUAACACAAAUGUUUAUUUAACGGUUUUUGAGUUUUUGAAUAUUUUUCGAAAAAAUAUGAGGCUUAUCCGCUUUUGUAUAAAAAAAAAAUAUUCUAAUAAUGAACAUAAAAUGUAACAAUAAAAAAAUCAGUUGUCAAUAUUUGCAAUAUCUGAAAAGUCAUCCAAAUGUUCAAUGUCUUCCAAUAAUUCAUUAUCAGCAUCUGGUAGAAUCUAUUAACAAGCACCAAUUUCUUCAUAAAAUUUUAGGAAAGCUGGCGGAAUACACUAUAAGAGCUGGGAAAUAUUUUAAUUUUUUUUCUGUUUAGUGAAAUAGGCCCACUGUAUUUUGAUUUCGUAUCCCUGGAAAGUAAAAUUGACUUCCUCAAACCUUUAUUCCCAAUAUUAACUGCCUUAUAGCCUUCAUUUACAAGAUGUUUGAUAUACAUUAUGUUAGAUUGUUCAGGUGAAAACUUGAGGCUUGAGUUGUUUUUUUUUUAUUUUUAAUAAAACUUAACUACUU